AUGGCAUCGAAAUUCAACUCCCCAUUUGGCUUGACAGCUAUCCCAAGAGAACUAAGAGGUCUCAUAUAUGAUAACCUCGAAGACGAGGAUCUCGCGCCUCUGGCACAGACUUGCCAGCAAAUACGUAGUGAAGUCUUAUCUCGCAUGCCAGGAGGUCGCUUUAUCGAUUUCGAUGGAGUUCAUAACGACUCAGAACUCAGAAGCCAAAUUCACGAAACCAUCGAAAUCAAGAACCUCGAUCUUAUCGCCGAACCAUGGUACUCUUCUGGAUCAGCACUAAAAAUCGGAGUUACGUGGAAACCAAGGAACGAAGACUAUAUACGCUGGAGGACUUCAUAUUGGACCAUCCGCGACCUAUCGUCGCCAAUGGCACGGUACAUAUACCUAUAUUGCCCCGAUGCCAUUUCAAUCACACUUCAGGCAGCUACUAAGGGGUAUUUUCUACUUGCCUUAUUGAUCCUACGGACAAAAAUGUUCGACAUAUGCCGAAUUCUGAAGACUGUCAAACGCGAUUUAUGCUUCACACCGAGUACUUUGAAUAUACGAUUCUGCGGUGGAAGAGAUCCGGAUCGCCCCAACUCAGUUCGCAGGCCCUUCUGGGAGAUGCGGCCACGAUGCGUUUUCCCGAAUUGGAUAAUUCGUCAGAAUAAAUGGAAAGACACGAUCACCAAAAAGUCACAUCAGGACAGAGAGGUUUAUCCUUUCUUUUACGAGUGUUUAAUGCUUCCUCUAAUAUCAUAUGGCGGGGAGGUCUCUGUGCACAUCGAAUUUGACUCGCCACCCGACCAUCGACGAACUUCUUUUCGAGACUGGAUAUUUUAUUCCCUCCACCACAUGGCACGAACGAGGUAUCUUGGCUUCGGGAAACUAUUCGAUUUCGCAGACUACUGUUAUCAUCUCCACUUGAAAGACAUCGAUUAUUCUGGGAAUGAUUACACAGGAAGCUUUGAAAAUGUCAUGGAAUGUCUGGAAGAAUUCACGGAGGACACCGACGCCUUCUUGAAAAACGCUAGGUGUCAAGAGGCAGACCAGCUACGAUCAUAUCUGAGAAGGAUGAGGCAAGCACCGAUUUGCAAUCCUUUUGCUGGGCCACUGGAGGGAAAUCCAUUCGAGGAACAGGAUGCGGUACAAAUGAGAUAUGAGACAUAUAUCUGGAGAUGCUACGGGGAGGACAAUGCUAUGAGACAGAAGCUUAUUGAAUGGGCUAUGGAAGAAUAGGUUGCUUGACAUGUUGCAGUCAUAUUUCGGCAGGUUAUCAUAGCGUUGUAUUAGGA